AUGGGCAAACUGGCUUUCCCUCUCGAUGCAGAGCUCACCGGUCCGGACCGUGUAGUCUUGAAUAUUCUAAAAAAAGAAUACGAGCUACAUCAAAAUACAUCUACCGACUCAACGACAGAUUCAGCGGAGGACUCGGACGAUUCAGGCGUCAAACACUCCAAAUUCGUGACACCAUCACCAGAAGGCAUGUUGUGCUCCUUCUACCUUAGUCUCAAUCUCCAAGAUCAGGAGCAGCAAGCCAUUGCUUACCUCAAGAAGCUUAACGAUCCAAAAUCUGAUCGCUUUGAGACGAGUGUGUUCAGCUCUGUGGAUGAGCCUGAUAUCAAGAACCCCAUUCUUCGCCAAUGGAUCAUCAACCCUUACAUCUGCUGGGCUAAGAGCGUGGUCCGAGUCGAGACAGAUGUUAUCAUGAUAACACAUCUACUGCUCUACUUCUGCACCAGCAUCCCAUCAGCCACGUACCUGUACAUCAACUUCCAUUGGUGGCACGCUGUACUACACUGCGUCAUGCAGGGAUAUUACAUGGGCGCGUACACUCUGUUAAAGCACCAGCACAUCCAUAUGCGUGGUGUACUUAACAAGAGGUACGACCUCUUCGACCGACUGUUCCCAUACAUUCUUGAUCCUAUGAUGGGACAUACGUGGAACUCUUACUACUACCACCACGUCAAGCACCACCACGUUGAAGGCAAUGGCCCCAACGAUCUUUCAUCCACCAUCCGAUAUCAGAGGGAUAGUGUUUGGGACUUCCUGCAAUAUGUUGGUCGCUUCUACUUCCUGAUCUGGAUCGAGCUGCCAAUGUACUUUCUGCGCACGCGCAAACCCAAUCUUGCGCUUCAAGCUGGCGCUUGCGAGGUCGGCAACUAUGUCUUUUUGUACAUGAUGUACAACUAUGUAAAUGCUCUGGCGACGACCUUUGUAUUCCUGAUCCCUCUCGCUUUCAUGCGCUUGGCACUGAUGACUGGCAACUGGGGUCAACAUGCCUUCGUUGACGAAGUCGAGCCUGAUUCAGACUUCAGGUCAAGCAUUACUCUCAUCGACGUACCUAGCAACCGAUACUGUUACAACGAUGGGUAUCAUACGUCCCAUCACCUUAACCCACUUCGUCAUUGGCGCGAACACCCCGUCGCAUUCCUUUCACAGAAGAAGCAGUAUUCCGACGAGCAGGCAAUUGUGUUCUACAACAUUGAUUACUUCUUCCUAACGGUCAAUUUACUAAGGAAGAAUUAUGAGCACAUUGCGAACUGUCUGGUACCGAUGGGCGAUCAGAUGAAGCUCACGCUCGAUGAGAAGGUCGAGAUGUUGAAGCGCAAGACAAGAAAGUUCACCGAACAGGAAAUUGCCGAGAAAUGGGGCAAGCAGUACGCGAAACUGAAGUAAACGAUAGAUAUGAAGCAAAGUGUAGAGGCCUACGCAAAUUCAUUUUCAAGUGUUG